AGGGCCACCAGCGUUCUCCUUCCCCCGUCGCAAGUGUGACCGAAGCGUUUCGACUCUCGAGGCCUCUAAAUCACCUUGCGAAGCGGGGGCUGCAAGGAAGCGAGAUCGCCUUCCUACAAAAGCAGAAAGAUCAAGACAAGAGAAGCCCUACGCUCGUUUCUCCUCCAGCAACGACGGGAUCUACCAAUCGCCGUUGGCCUGCCUGACCCAAGCCUUUUUACUUUCCCCCUUUGCCCUUAUCCGACGCUUCGCCUGUCGACCAUCGCACUUGUUUCUUACCUCCACACGCCGCCCCCCUUGUUUCGUCCGAGUUGGCGCGCUGACGCGCGCCCAGCGCGGUACUUACCGACCCACGACCGAGGGCCACCAUGGCUGCGUCUGAGCCUGAGAAGCAGAACGUAAACGCCCCCGUGGACCGCGACGAGGACUCGUCCGAGAAGCGCGCGGCCGAGUCAGAGUACACGACGAAUGGCGACGUGGACAGAGACGUCGAGAAGCUGAGCCCCACUGAGGAGACCCAGACGGUCGAGGCUACCCAGCCCGAGUCGAAAGCCCAAGACGUGGAGCAAGUCGACGCCGACAUUGUCGACUUUGACGGGCCGGAUGACCCGGAGAACCCAUACAAUUGGACCAAGAAGCGGAAGUGGAUCAACGGCGGCUUUCUGAGCUUCUUGACCUUCAUCACGCCUCUGGGGUCGUCGAUGUUCGCCCCCGGCGUUCCAGAUGUGCUCCGCGAGUUUCACACCACGAACGAGACGCUUGGAUCCUUCGUCGUGUCCAUCUAUAUCUUGGGAUAUGCGUUUGGCCCACUCUUCAUCGCGCCCCUGUCCGAGAUGUACGGCCGAAGCAUCGUCUACCACGUGACGAACGCGCUCUUCAUCGCCUGCACCAUCGGGUGCGCGGCCAGCUCCAGCUUCGGCAUGCUCAUCGGCUUCCGCUUUCUGGCCGGCACGUUUGGCUCGACGCCCAUCACCAUCGGGUCCGGCACGAUCUCGGACAUGUUCAGGACCGAGGAGCGCGGCGCCGCCAUGUCCAUCUGGAGCAUCGGCCCGCUCCUCGGCCCCGUCGUCGGCCCCAUCAUCGGCUCCUACCUGUCCGAGGCGAAGGGCUGGCGCUGGGACUUUUGGUUCGUGGCCAUCGUCGCCGCCCCCGCCGCCCUCGGCAUGGUCUUCUUCCUGCGCGAGACGUACGCGCCCGUCCUGCUGGAGCGCAAGGCCGCGAGGCUGCGAAAGCGGACGGGCAACAUGAACCUGCGUUCGAAAAUGCACCACGGCCUCACGCCCAAGGAGUACAUGGCACGCUCCCUGAUCAGGCCGACGAAGAUGCUGCUCUUCUCCCCGAUCGUCUUCUUUCUGUCCCUCUACAUGGCCGUCGUGUACGGAUAUCUGUAUCUCCUCUUCACGACCAUCACCGGCGUCUUCGAGGGCAAGUAUCACUUCUCGCCCGCAAACGUCGGCCUCGCCUAUCUGGGCAUCGGCAUCGGCAUGUUCGGCGGCCUCUUCGUCACAGGCCUGCUCUCCGACUCCAUUGUCAAGAAGCUGUCCGCGCGCAACAACGGCGUGCUCAAACCGGAGUACCGCAUCCCGCCCAUGAUCCCCGCCGCCUUCUCCAUCCCCAUCGGCCUCUUCAUGUACGGCUGGACGGCGAACUACGGCGUCCAGUACGUCGCGCCCAUCGUCGGCACGAGCUUCGUCGGCCUCGGCUUGAUCACCACCUUUAUGCCCAUCAUGACGUACCUGAUCGACGCGUACACGCGCUACGCCGCCUCCGUGACGGCGGCCAACACGGUGCUGCGCUCGAUGCUCGGCGCGCUUCUGCCGCUGGCCGGCCCAAAGAUGUACGCCGCUCUCGGCCUGGGCUGGGGCAACUCCCUGCUCGGCUUUAUCGCGCUGGCCAUGGUCCCUUUUCCCUUCGUCAUCUGGAGGUACGGAGAGGCGAUCAGGACGAGAAGACCCCUGAAACUUUGAGCACGCUCACUCACUCUCCCCACGUUUUCUUUUUCUUGUUUUCCCCCCUUCUUUAGAUACGCGGGUUUCCCAAAAGAUGGGAAGGAAUAGACGGUAGGAGAACGAAAAAGAAAGGUCACUGAGAAAAGUAAGAACGCUUCUUCUUCUUCCUUCUUCUUCUUCUUCUUCUUCUUCUUCUUUUUUUUUUUCCCUCUCCUUCCCCUGCCGAAAAAAAAGAACAUGUGAAUUCAUUCGGAGCAUAGCGUCAAGGUGGAAGGGCCGACAGGAGUUAAGCCAGUUACGGGACAUACACACACACACA